AGGAUUUAUUAUUGUUAUUUCUUCUUCCUUUUUAUGUGGGGUUGGUUUACUUGAGCUAAAUUUAAAUACACUCUAUACAACUGUCGAUGGAGACUUCUACCUUCUCUUCAAAGCAAAGCCCCCUUCUCUCUCUCUCUUUGUGAGUAGCUAGCUGUAUUUUGUUAGGUUGGACUGGCAAUUAAGCUAAAAAUCCAAACUUUCUCGUGUUUGUGAGAAAUAAUGAGGUCCCAAGUAAGAAAAAUCUCUGUCCAAAACCAAGAAAAGAAAAGUUGGAUGCCCAGUUCGAACGUCUUUAUGGUUGAAAAGUGAAGUUCCAAUCUUCAUUCUCACAUUAGCAUAAUAACCCUUUAAAAGUUGCGGAAUCACUUUUUUCUCACAGUGAAUUAGGACAAAGUUUUCCACGAAGCAGCAUGCUGUGAUAUGUGAGUAAUAGUCAUCUUCCGCCUUCUUAAUUGGACGGCAGCCCUUGGCCCUUGAAAAGUCCAAGCCUUUCGUUUUCACCAACAGUGUUAUAGCAAGCUUCAUGUUGUUCUUACUGAUUUACUCGUCAUUUGCAUUGAUAGCACUUGAAAAGUAAGUGAAAGGACUCGUGGGGCAUCUUUAGUUGCUAAGAAAACCUCUGGCGAUCGAUUUUGGUCAAUACCCAAUUCACAAAUCAUGGUGGAGGAUUCACCGAAUGAAGUCCCAGAAGAUUUGCACUCUACAGAAGAUUGGCUAAUUCAUUCACAGGAGCUUGUUCCAUUGACACUGAGUAAGGCGAGGGAAGUGAAGGGGUUUCCUAGCAGGUGGAAGAUGAUAAUUUCCAAGUUGGAGCAGAUCCCGUCAUGUUUAUCAGACCUCUCGAGCCAUCCUUGCUUCACGAAGAACACACUUUGCAAAGAACAGUUGCAGGCAGUUUCGGAAACACUGAGGGAAUCGAUCGAAUUGGCAGAAUUGUGCUUGAAAGAAAAGUAUGAAGGAAAACUGAGGAUGCAGAGCGAUCUAGACUCUUUAGCAGGGAAAUUGGACUUGAAUUUCAGGGAUUGUGGGCUUUUGAUCAAAACCGGUGUGCUUGGUGAGGCUACAGUCCCACCAUCCAUGCCCAGUACUUCAACAGAAUCUGAGGCUUUAUCUUGUAGCAAUAUUAGGGAGCUGCUUGCUAGGCUUCAGAUUGGACACUUGGAGGCAAAGCAUAAAGCCCUGGACAAUUUAGUAGAAAUGCUGAGAGAGGACGAGAAAAAUGUUUUGGCUACAUUGGGAAGGAGCAAUAUUGCUGCCAUAGUGCAAUUACUUACCGCAACAUCUCCUCGCAUUCGUGAAAAAACUGUCACCGUUAUAUGCUUGCUGGCUGAAUCUGGCAGUUGCGAGAAUUGGCUUGUGGCAGAAGGCGUAUUGCCCCCUCUCAUGAGGCUUCUUGAGUCGGGCAGUACGGUCGGGAAAGAGAAGGCAGCCAUUUCUUUGCAGAGCCUGUCAAUGUCUGCAGAAACAGCCCGGGCCAUUGUCGGGCAUGGCGGGGUGCGCCCCCUGAUCGAAAUUUGUCGAGCUGGUGAUUCUGUCUCCCAGGCUGCAGCUGCCAGUACUUUGAAGAGCAUAUCAGCUGUCCCUGACGUCCGGCAAACUCUGGCUGAGGAAGGCAUUGUGAAGGUCAUGAUUGAUCUCCUUGAUCGCGGAAUUCUACUUGGAUCCAAAGAAUACGCGGCAGAGUGCUUGCAGAACCUGACUGUGAGCAAUGAGAAUUUAAGGAGAAGCGUUGUAUCGGAGGGUGGGGUUCGAAGCCUGCUGGCUUAUCUUGAUGGUCCAUUGCCUCAGGAAUCUGCGGUCGGGGCGUUGAGGAACUUGGUGGGGUCCAUCUCAGUCGAAACCCUAGUAUCUCUUGGUUUUCUUCCCCGCAUGGCUCACGUGCUUAAGUCAGGGUCACCAGGUGCGCAGCAAGCAGCUGCUUCGGCCAUUUGCAGGGCGUGCAGCUCUGCUGAGAUGAAAAAAUUGGUGGGUGAAGCUGGGUGCAUUCCUCUGCUCGUGAAAUUGCUUGAUGCAAAAUUGAACAGCGGGAGGGAGGUUGCAGCACAAGCAAUCUCAUGCUUGAUGACAGUUUCACAGAACUGUAGAGAGGUCAAGAAAGAUGAGAAAAGCGUGCCUGGUUUGGUCCAACUGCUCGAUCCGAGUCCCCAGAACACUGCAAAAAAGUAUGCUGUUUCCUGCUUAAUGAGUCUUUCCUCCAGUAAGAAAUGUAAGAAGUUGAUGAUCUCCUAUGGAGCGAUCGGGUAUCUGAAGAAGCUUAAUGAAAUGGAUGUUCCAGGAGCCAAGAAACUGCUCGAGCGUUUGGAGAAAGGGAAGCUGAGGAGUAUGUUUAGUCGGAAAUAGGAGAGAAACGCAUUGAUCCCUCUGUACAUUUUAGGUUCUCCUUAUUUACGAUAAAUGUUUCAUUGUCUGGAUGAAAUGGAGUAGUUGAUGGAUCUGAACUGCAACGCGCAAGCCUGUUAAUACAUGGAAUACCGUUACAUAAA